GUCGAGAAACACUUCGUUUGGAUUCUCACACAAUGUCGUGACUGCCGGUGACACAGCCAUUGUUGGUGUUUUCUUCUUUCUCCCCUAAAAGAAAAAGUCGUCUCACUUUAAGGCUACGAGCUUGAAGAGAUUACAGCAUGUCUGCUUUAUCCCUGUCCUGUUGGACUAAACUCAAGCACAUGAGGGCUUUACUCCAAAGGAGCACCUGUGUGCGUCAUGACCGAGACACCAGACGCUACAGCUCUGACGGGCACAAAAGGAGGGUUGUGAUUACAGGUGUAGGGUUGGUGUGUCCUCUGGGGACAGGGACAGCACUACCGUGGGACCGCCUGAUUAAAGGCCACAGUGGGAUCGUUGCACUUGACUCAGAGGAGUACAAGACAGUCCCCUGCAAAGUGGCGGCGCUGGUGCCCAGAGGGAACGAGCCAGGUCAGUUUGAGGAAGAGACGUUCGCCUCUCGCGGGGAGAUCAACAGCAUGUCGCAGGCCACCGUGAUGGCCCUCGGAGCUGCUCGGCUGGCUCUGGACGACUCAGGGUGGUACCCCGAAACCCCGGAGGAGCAGCUCAACACCGGGGUGGCUGUUGGCAUGGGCAUGGUGUCGCUGGAUGAAAUCGCCCGCACCUCUAAAGCCUUCCAAGAAAGGGGCUACAAUAAAGUCAGCCCCUUCUUCGUGCCACGCAUCCUCGUCAACAUGGCAGCUGGGCACAUAAGCAUCAAACACAAACUGAAGGGUCCCAACCACGCCGUGUCCACGGCGUGCACCACGGGCGCACACGCCGUGGGUGAUGCCGCCAGGUUCAUCGCCCACGGGGAUGCGGUUGCUAUGGUUACAGGGGGGACGGAGUCCUGCGUGGGGCCUCUUUCAAUCGCCGGCUUCGCCAGGGCGCGAGCCCUCGCCACCAAAUGGAACGACGACCCCGCGCAGGCAUCGAGGCCCUUUCACCCAGACAGAGAGGGCUUCGUGAUGGGUGAAGGAGCGGCGGUGCUUCUCCUGGAGGAGCUGGACCACGCGGAGAAAAGAGGAGCCAGGAUCUACGCGGAGGUCCUGGGCUAUGGACUCUCGGGGGAUGCCAGCCACAUCACUGCACCCACCGCAGAUGGAGAAGGAGCGUUCAGAUGCAUGUCUGCGGCCCUCAGAGAUGCUGGCAUCCCUCCAGCAGAUGUGACUUAUGUGAACGCUCACGCCACAUCCACACCUCUGGGUGACGCGGCUGAAAAUGCCGCCAUCAAGAGGCUCUUUCACAGAAACCUUGACAGCCUGGCUGUCUCCUCCACUAAGGGAGCCACGGGGCAUCUGCUCGGAGCCGCGGGGGCCCUCGAGGCAGCGUUCACAGCUUUGGCAUGCUACCACGGAGUCCUGCCCCCGACGCUCAACCUGGACCGCACCGAGCCAGAGUUUGACCUGAAUUACGUUCCCUGCACAGCUCAGCCAUGGCGGACUCAGGGCCGGAGGAUCGCCCUCACAAACUCUUUUGGAUUUGGUGGCACCAACGCCUCGCUGUGUCUCGCCAGCAUGUGAUGAUCAGCACUGAUACUGUUUGUUUGUGGAAAACCCUUAUGGACUGAUGGCAAAGAUUAAAAAAACUGAGAAAAGCACUUUUUAAAAAUGUUUUUUGUGUGUUUUUGACAUU